CCCCCUUCCCUCCCACCUCUUCAUGGAGCCUCCUCGCCCGCCCGCCGCUCUUCCGCCCUCUGCACGCCGCCGCCGCCGCGACCCUCCGCUGCCUCCUCCUCCGCCCGAACCCGCCGGCGGCACCGGCACCGCCCUGAAGGCUCCUCUGCGGGGGCUGGUAGCGGGAGCCGCGGGCUGGUUGCCGCGCCUGGGAGAGCCGCUGCCGCGCCGGGAUGCCGCCAGCCAGGAGGCCAUGCUGCGGAUGCUGGACGCGGGCUUGGAGCGCUGCCUGGCGCUGCACUCAGCCUACAUCCCCGUGCCGGCGCGCCACAGGAAGCUCUCGGGCAAGGCAGGCAUCGAUGAGGUGAUGGCAGCCACGGUGCUCACCAGCCUCUCCACCAGCCCACUGGUGCUUGGGCACCCACCAGCCACCCCCGCCCCAGAGCCCGGUGGUGAGGUCUGGAAGGAGAUCCCUGCCAUGUCCUCCAGCUGCAGCAGCAGCAGCAACACCAGUGGGGACUGGAGCUGGGACCCCCCCAGUGACCGUUCCACCCCCUCCACCCCAUCACCUCCGCUCUCCAGCCACGUCCCCAGCACCUUCCUGCCCACCCCACUGCCCGACGAGGGCCCCGAGGAGCCCGACGGGACCCACUUCGUCUUUGGGGAGCCCAUCCCACGGAAGAGGAAGAACUCCACCAAGGUGAUGUUCAAGUGCUUGUGGAAGAGCUGUGGCAAAGUGCUCAGCAGCUCCUCAGGGAUGCAGAAGCACAUCCGAACCCUGCACCUUGGCCGCAAAGCCGACCCGGAGCAGAGCGAUGGGGAGGAGGACUUCUACUACACGGAGCUGGACGUGGACGUGGACUCGCUGACGGACGGGCUCUCCAGCCUCACCCCCGUCUCGCCCACCUCCUCGGUGCCACCCACCUUCCCCGCCCCCGAGGCGCCGCUGCCGCCGGCGCUGCCAAGCCCCGACCUGGCGCUGCUGUCCCCCUGCAGCCCUUCGGCUCCCCUAGGCCUCCGCCACGUCCACACUGACCACGCGUACCAGGGCUGCCCAACCCCACCACGGCCACCGGUGCCCCCCGCCGCCGCUCUGGCCCCACCGCCACCUAAGCCACCCACCAUUCCCAGGAGGCCGCGGGGGGAGGCCAAGAAGUGCCGCAAGGUGUACGGCAUGGAGAACCGGGAGAUGUGGUGCACGGCCUGCCGCUGGAAGAAGGCUUGCCAGCGCUUCCUCGACUGACCGCUGCCCGCCGCUGCCAGCCUGACGCUGCCCGUGCCCCCGCGGCGCUGCCGGUGCCAGCCUGACGCUGCCCGUGCCACGGCGGCGCUGCCGGUGCCAGCCUGACGCUGCCUGUGCCCCCGCGGCGCUGCCGGUGCCAGCCUGACGCUGCCGUUGCUCCCGCGGCGCUGCCGGUGCCACCGCGGCACUGCAAGUGCCACUGGGGUGCUCCUGCUGCCAGCGUGGCGCUGCCCGUGCCACAGCGGCGCUGCCGAUGUCACCGCAGCGCUGCCAGUGCCACCGCGGUGGAGCCGGUGCCAUCGUGACGCUGUCAGUGCCACGGCGGCGCUGCCAAUGUCACCGCAGCGCUGCCAGUGCCACCGCGGUGGAGCCGGUGCCAGCGUGACGCUGUCAGUGCCAUGGCGGCGCUGCCGAUGUCACCGCAGCGCUGCCAGUGCCAGCAUGACGCUGCCCGUGCCACGGCGGAGUUGCCGAUGUCACCGCAGCGCUGCCAGUGCCAUGGCGGAGUUGCCGAUGCCAUCGUGGCGCUGCCAGUGCCAGGGCGGCGCUGCUGGUGCCAGCGCGGUGCCCCGCGGUGCCAGCGCGGCGCUCCCUCCUUCUUCUUGCACAUUUUGCACUCGAGGUGCCUUUGCGCCCCCCCUCCCCAUCCCCACCCCAACCUUUGCUGCCGCCCCCGGACUCAGGGAUCGGCCCCCCCCCGCCUCUUCCCAGCCCUCCAAAAGCUUUAUGCACACAGAUCCCCCUCCCCCCCCAUCCCCUGCCACAGAGCUUCUUCUUCCCCCCACCCCUUUUUGUCCUUUGAUAAGCUAAACCUGCCCCCCCCAUACCCUCCCACCCCACCUUUGCCAGCACCAUUGGUGGGGGGGGGAGGUGAGGGGGGCAGCCAAUUGGAGGGGCGCCCCAAAGGGGCUGGGUUGGGGGGGAGGCUGCCCACGGCUCCUCUAAGCUGGGGGAGCACAGCCAAAGGGGUGAUGUGUGCCUAUUCCUGCCCCCCCCCCACUCCUAGGGGAACCCCCUUAGAGUGGGCACAGGCGGGCAUCUACCCCCUUACCCUUUAACCCUUUCUUUCCCCCCGGGGUGGGGGGGGGGGCUGGGGGAGGGGCUUUUUGUUUUGGUUAUUUUUUGUGUUUUUACUCUUUUAAUGAUUUUUUUUCCCCCCUCUCUUUUCCCCUUUGAUUUCCUUUUUUCGUUGUAGGGGGAGCAGCUGCUCCCCCCCGGGGCCAUGCCCUGGGAAGUGCCUGCAGGAACUGCACCCAUUUGCACUAAGCCAAACUGCACAG